AUGGCCUCUGAGUCCGGCGGCGAGGAUUCUUGGACCCAGGUCCGCGGUGCUAAGCGCCCGAGUGCUGAAUCACCUCCAAGCAACACCACCACCUCGCCUUCCCAAACUCAUCGUUCUGCAAAACACACAAAACAUGGCAGCGCUCGCCACGACCGUAACCAUGUUUUCCCUGACCCUAUGACUACCCCGCUUCGCCCUCGCGCCCACCACUCUGUCUCUACCGCCCGUGCCUCGUCUCAUGUGCCCUCGACGUCCCCCGCUGCCGGUGCGACCGAGUCUUCGGCACGUGCCGUCGUGCCCGCGGCCGAGCCAGUGACCAGGACGUCAAACGGCGGCGGGGAGCACCGAGGAUUUGUCAGCAUCGGUGCCCUCUGA